AUGUCGAAGCUUGUGAAUUUGGUCACUGUUCUGUUCCUGUUUCCGUUGCUUGUGGUUCAAUCUGCAGACGAAGCCUUAAACGACGACGUACUGGUCUUGAUAGCUGUAAAGUCUGCGCUCAUCGACCCGCAAUCGAAGCUCGCCUCGUGGACCGAGGACGCGUCGCUUCCCUGUAACUGGGUCGGCGUGACAUGUUAUGAUGACACCGGCGGCGUGUCCGAACUGAAUCUUGAUGGGUUCUCUUUGUCUGGGCACAUAAGCAAAAUCUUGAUUAGGUUGCAGCACCUCAAGGUUCUGCAUCUAUCAAGAAACAAUUUUUCGGGGAAUAUAAAUCCAGCCCUAACUCAGAUUCCAGCUCUGCAAAUCGUCGAUUUUAGUGAGAACAGUCUAUCGGGGACGAUGCCUGAAGAGCUUUUCCAACAAUGUGGGUCCUUGAAAGAAAUCUCUUUUGCAAGUAACAAUCUAACUGGCAUGUUGCCUCAGUCCUUGAGCUCGUGCUCGAAGCUGGAGACUCUCAACUUGUCGUCCAAUCGCCUUUCAGGUCAGUUGCCUUCUGCUUUAUGGUCUCUAGCUUCCCUCCAAACACUUGAUCUGUCCGGUAAUUGGUUCGAAGGCGAAAUUCCGGGUGAUAUGGGGAGUUUGUAUAAUCUGAGAGCUAUUAACUUUGGUAGAAAUAGUUUUGUGGGCUCGCUGCCUGAAAAUAUUGGAAACUUUUCAUCACUGUAUUCGGUUGAUUUUGGAAGAAAUCAUUUCGGUGGUGGCCUUCCUCUUUCAUUGAAAGAACUAAGACUGUCCUGCAAAUAUCUUGAUGUUAGUGGGAAUUUCUUGUCCGGUCAACUUCCGAAUUGGAUUGGAGAGAUGAGAAGCUUAGAGUUUUUGGAUCUUUCAGGCAAUAGUUUUUCCGGUAGGAUACCGAGUACCAUAGGCAAUCUCCAAUAUCUGAACCAAGUUAAUUUGUCCAACAAUCGAUUCAUGGGGUACUUACCGGAGUCGAUUAGAGAUUGCUUCAACCUUAAGGUUCUUGCUGUAGAUGGAAAUUUACUUUCCGGUAAUCUGCCUUCUUGGGUUUUCAAUUUAGCUCUAGAGACAAUCUCUCUAUCUCGUAACAGAUACACCGGAAGCCUCAGCUUUCCCGCUUUCUACCUGCAGACUUACCAAAGCCUGCAGGUCUUAGAUUUGUCAUCCAACAUAUUAACGGGCCAAAUCCCAUGGGCUAUCGGCAAUUUUCGCCGGCUGCAAGCAUUGAAUCUGUCUCAUAAUCUUCUAUUUGGCCUCAUUCCCCCGAGCGUUGGUCAGCUAAAUGCAACCUCUGUUCUCGAUAUGAGCCGCAAUCAUCUCAGUGGAGCCAUUCCAGUAAACAUCAAGAACUGCUCAUCUCUAACCUCUUUGAUCUUGUCUGGGAAUAACCUCAGCGGCUCUAUCCCUUCCUCGAUCGCCAGCUUGUCCAACCUCGAGCUCCUCGACAUCUCAUUCAACAACCUUUCCGGAAGCAUCCCGAACGAGCUUACGAACCUCUCCCACAUCAUCUCCUUCAACGUCUCGUUCAAUCACCUCGAGGGAGGAAUACCCUUCGGGGGCUUCUUCAGCACGAUCCCCACCACAUCAUUUAUAGGUAACCCUUUACUGUGCAGGCAAUCCUGCCCCGCAGCCCACCAGAAGCCCCUAGUCCUCAACCCAAAUUCGUCCGUAGCCAACCGGGGCCCACUGUCUCCUGACCUUCGCCACAAACGUAUAGUUCUCAGCAUAUCGUCCCUCGUUGCUAUUGGAGCUGCCAUUGUCAUAGCCCUUGGUGUCGUGACAGUCUCGAUCCUCAACAUGCACGCGCGCACGGCAACAGCGCAGGCUCGUGCGGCCCUCGCCUUCUCGGGAGGGGAUGACAUCAGCAUUUCUCACGAGAGCUCAGCCAGCUAUGGGAAGCUCGUCAUGUUCUCUGGCGAGGUCGACUUCACGUCAACCGGAGCCCAUGGUCUGCUAGCCAAGAAUGCCGAGCUGGGGCGAGGCGGGUUCGGGACGGUCUACCUCACUAAGAUUCAGGGGGGAAAACGGGCCGUCGCGAUCAAGAAGCUCAACACGACGAGCCUCGUCAAGUCCCGGGAGGAAUUCGAGAGGGAAAUCAAGAAGCUCGGGAAAAUCCGGCACGAAAAUCUGGUGGCGCUUGAGGGAUACUACUGGACCCCAUCUCUGCAGCUGCUCAUAAACGAGUACGUAUCAUGCGGGAGCCUACACAAGCAUCUUCACGAUGCGGAAGGGACAGGUGGCGGCCUCACAUGGCAGCAGAGAUUUAAGAUAAUUCUCGGUACGGCUAGUGGCCUUGCUCACCUCCACCGGACGAACGUGAUCCACUACAACAUGAAGUCUGCUAAUGUGUUGAUCGAUUCUUGUGGGGAGCCGAAAGUGGGGGAUUUCGGGCUGGCCAGGCUUCUUCCGGCUUUAGAUCGUUAUAUAUUGAGUAGCAAGAUUCAAAGUGCAUUGGGGUAUAUGGCUCCAGAGUAUGCGUGCCAGACGGUGAAAAUAACUGAAAAAUGUGAUGUGUAUGGUUUUGGGAUAUUAACGCUCGAGGUUGUCACGGGGAAAAGGCCCGUUGAGUACAUGGAGGAUGAUGUGGUCGUGCUGUGUGAUAUGGUUAGGGAAGCUUUGGACGAGGGAAGGGUAGAAGAAUGCAUUGAUAAGAGGCUUGGGGGUAAUUAUCCGGUGGAGGAGGCUGUACCGGUGGUUAAGCUAGGGUUGAUUUGUGCAUCUCAGGUGCCGUCAAACCGUCCUGACAUGGAGGAAGUGACGAGGAUCUUGGAGCUGAUUCGGUGUCCUGCAGCGAGUCAAGAAGAGCUACUCGAGUGA